GCCACAGCUGAGCAGUUACACAGUAUUGGGAACCAGAGAGAGCAAUCAACAAAUCUAUUUAUAAUUGAAGCAGUGAAACAACAGCACUUUCAGCAAACUUCGAGAGCAAACAGAUACCAGCACAAACGCCUUACCAAGAUGCUGCUCCAUUACUAUGCUCCAGGUCAAGUUCUACUCCAAGUGUAGGCCGAGAUUCCACGUGCCCCGCCACCUGAUAAGUGAAGCACUAAGCCCCGGUUGAUUUACGGGGCAACGUCAAGUUCAGAUAAGGAGACGCCCCGGACGGGAGCUAUAUUUAAGUACAAUCCAGGCCAGGGCCCGCAAGUUUGCCACCAGCAUCCGUGAAAUGUGAACCGGUUGGAUCGGUCGAAAGUCGAAACACCCACCAAGCGCAUAACACUCGAUACAGCAGAUCCCCAUCCUUACGGACAAGAUGUCCACUACCACCACCAUGGCCAGUGCUGUGUCCGGCGCCUCGCAGGACCUGCGAUUCGGACUCACGGACUACCUCGUCUUUGUCAUCAUGCUGGGAGCGUCAGCGGGCAUUGGGGUGUACUUCGGAUUCUUCUCCAAGUCCAAGAACACCACGGAGGAGUAUCUGCGCGGCGGGAAGAAGAUGCAGACCCUGCCCAUAGCGAUAUCCCUGGUAGCGAGCCAGUUGUCCGGCAUUGCCAUCAUGUCCAUUCCGGCGGAGAGUUACACCUAUGGAUUCAACUAUAUAUUCGUGGUCCUGGCCAUGGUUGUUGUGAUUCCUAUUUUAAUAUACGUAAUUGUUCCUGUCUUUUAUGAAAACAAUGUCUCCAACUGUUAUGAGUACCUGGAGAUGCGGUUUAAUAAGCGAACGCGGCAGUUGGUAACCUUUUUCUUCGUGACCAACUCGUUCCUGAUGUUACCCGUCUAUAUGUUCAUUCCAUCGCUCGCUUUUGCCCAAGUCACCGGCAUGAACAUCCACUUGAUCAACGUGAUGGUGUCCUCCAUCUGCAUCUUCUACACGAUGCUGGGUGGGAUCAAGGCGGUGGUCUGGACCGAUGUGGUCCAGGGUGGCAUCAUGCUACUCUCUGUGGUUGCCGUCGGAGUUUUGGGCACAAUGCGAUCGGGAGGCGUAGCCACUGUUAUUGAACGCGCCUCUGAAGGCGGACGAUUCAACUUUGACUUUGGAUUGGAUCCUCGCUUACGGAUGACUUUCUGGGGUGCCACCAUGGGAGGCAUCUUCAUGUGGACGGGUCAUAUAGGCCUGAACCAGAGCUGCGUGCAGCGCAUCGUCUCCCUGCCCUCGUACUCCCAUGCUAAGAAAUCAUUGAUCGUUUCUGGCCUAGGGUUCCUUAUCAUAAGUUUCUUCAACACCGUAUCGGGAAUCAUUAUGUUCGCCCGCUACUAUGGAUGCGAUCCGAUGCUGGCUGGUCUGGUGAGCAAGCCGGACAAGAUGAUGCCGUUCUUCGUGCAGGACAUCAUGGGACACCUGGCCGGAAUGCCCGGCGUAUUCAUCUCCUGUGUGUUCAGUGCCGCCCUUAGCUCGCUUUCCGCCACACUGAACUCCCUGGCCGGAGUGGUUUACUUCGAUUACAUAAAGCCCCAUAUUCGGCACACGGAGGCCAGAGCCAACUGGGCCAUGAAGCUGAUCGUGGUGGUAAUGGGGGGGUACUGCAUCCUGGGCGGCUUCAUGGUGCAGAACUUCAACUCGAUCCUGCAGACGGUGGUCACCAUUACGGGCAUAAAUACGGGCGCAGUGGUGGGCGUGUUCCUCCUGGGAAUGUUUGUGCCCCGCUGCAAUGGCAAAACGGCUGUCAUAAGUAUUAUUGUCAGUGUGGUCGCCAUGGUGUGGAUCAUCGUCAAUGGCCAGAUGAACUUCAAGUCCGGACUGAUUAAGUACGAGGUGCUGCCCAACUCACUGGAUCAGUGUGAGGCCAGAGGCCUUCACAUGAUUGCGGACGUGAUCAACCAGACCGACUUCACCCCUGUCACGAUGAAACCUCCUUCCGGCGCACCAGUGACCACCGCCUUCCACAGCGAUCGGGACUUUUCCCUGUACGACAUCUCGUUCUAUUGGUACAAGGUUUUGGGUACCGUUCUGGUCUUUCUGUGUGCGAUCCCGAUGAGCUACGUCUGGCCACCAGACAAGAACGAGAAGCAGAAUCCAAAGCUGUACUCUCCAUUCGUGAGGAAGUUCCUCUCUCUGCCUGAUGCGGAUCAGGAACUGGAGGAGGCGCCACUGCGAGGAGCAAAAGCCGGCGAAAUUCCCGAACUCCGCAUAGAUCCUACCGAAAAGGAAAAAGAAGCUGGCACCAUUCACUGAUUCCCCUUAAAGGUUUUGAUUAUUCAAUGGCUAUGAGGAAUAUGAGGAAGACGAUUAGAAUGCUAAAUAAAAACAAAAUGGAAAGAAA